AAGAGCAGCCGGAAGGACACGAUGCUCCCCGCUCUCCGCCAGGCGAGCCCUCCACCGGCAGCCCGACAUGCCCCGGACACGGACAGCUGAGACCCAUCGCCGGUCGCAUCUUCCACUAUGUGCUGACUGUCUGUAUUUACAGAAGAUAUAUACGAAAGACAAACUUUAUUUUGGAAAGUUUUUUUGAUUCCAGUGGAAUCUGUGCUUAAGCUCCCCCAUACCCUUCGCUUUGCAAGCCCCUAUCUUCCAAGUGGGACACUAUGCCUGUACAAGCUCCACAAUGGACCGACUUCUUGUCCUGUCCCAUUUGCACCCAGACCUUCGACGAAACCAUCCGGAAGCCCAUCAGCUUGGGCUGCGGGCACACUGUCUGCAAGAUGUGCUUGAACAAGCUUCACCGCAAGGCUUGCCCGUUCGACCAGACCACCAUAAACACCGACAUCGAGCUGCUCCCUGUCAACUCUGCCUUGUUACAGCUAGUUGGGGCUCAGGUACCUGAGCAACAGCCGGUUACUCUGUUUGGCGGGGCCGAAGACAACAAGCACUAUGAGGAGUCCAAGAAGUGUGUUGAAGAGUUGGCACUGUACCUGAAACCCCUGAGUACUGCCAGAGGAGUUGGCCUAAACAGCACUGCUCAGAGCGUGUUGAGCCGCCCCAUGCAAAGAAAGCUUGUGACACUCGUGCAUUGCCAGCUGGUGGAAGAGGAAGGACGUAUUCGAGCAAUGAGAGCAGCCCGCUCGCUGGGAGAGAGGACCGUCACAGAACUCAUCCUUCAACAUCAAAAUCCUCAACAACUGUCAUCCAAUCUCUGGGCAGCAGUUCGUGCACGCGGCUGUCAGUUCCUAGGACCAGCCAUGCAGGAAGAGGCCCUGAAGCUUGUCCUCUUGGCUCUAGAAGAUGGAUCUGCUCUUUCACGAAAAGUUCUGGUUUUGUUUGUGGUGCAGAGACUGGAACCACGCUUCCCGCAAGCCUCGAAAACUAGCAUUGGGCAUGUUGUCCAGCUGCUAUACAGAGCCUCCUGCUUUAAGGUCACAAAGCGUGAUGAAGACUCUUCCCUAAUGCAGUUGAAGGAGGAAUUUCGCACUUACGAAGCACUGCGUCGAGAGCAUGACUCACAGAUUGUGCAGAUCGCUAUGGAGGCCGGCCUGCGCAUAGCUCCUGACCAGUGGUCCUCCCUCUUAUAUGGGGAUCAGUCUCACAAAUCUCAUAUGCAGUCCAUUAUUGAUAAGUUGCAGACCCCGGCCUCGUUUGCUCAGAGUGUCCAGGAACUGACCAUUGCACUGCAAAGGACCGGAGACCCUGCUAACCUCAACAGGCUACGGCCACACCUGGAACUGCUCGCAAACAUUGAUCCAAGCCCAGAUGCUCCACCUCCAACAUGGGAGCAACUUGAAAAUGGUCUGGUAGCAGUGAAGACUGUGGUGCAUGGGCUGGUGGAUUACAUCCAGAAUCACAGCAAGAAGGGGACUGACCAGCAGCAGGUGAGCGAGGCGAGGCACUACCUCAUGUCUCAGCCUCCCCAGCACAGCAAGUACAAGACUUAUAUGUGUCGAGAUAUGAAACAGAGGGGAGGUUGCCCCCGUGGGGCAAGUUGCACCUUUGCUCAUUCUCAGGAGGAGUUGGAAAAGUUUCGUAAAAUGAACAAACGGUUGGUUCCUAGGCGGCCCCUGAGUGCCUCUCUUGGUCAGCUGAACGAAGUGGGGCUUCCUUCUGGGACAAUACACUCAGACGAGGGGCCAAUGGACCUACCGACCCGGAAGCAAACUGGCCUUCCCAAUGGCAUUGUGACUGGAGGCUCCGUGACACAGCUCAUCUCCAGGGGAACAGACUCUGGCUUUGAGUCAGUACUGAAGCCAGGAAAAUUGGAUCACCUAAGCAACAGUGCACCAGGUUCCCCUCCAGAGUUAUUGGAUUCUGUUCCGAAAACUCCCAUUGCUACCUUACCUGGCAAUUCCCACCAACAACCUCCUCGUGUUUCUGGAGAUAUGCAACAACUGCCUGUGUCUAAACAGUACCAGAUGGUGCCACGGAGCUCCCAAAUCUAUGCUCCUCCACAGACUGAUAUACUAUACCAAGAUCCUCGUGGAAGUGGCCCCCCAUUUGAAGCUACCUACCCUCAAAAUGUCUAUUACCCAACUCAGUCAGUUUCACGUUUCAUCAGACCUCCAUCUUCUGCCUCAGAGCCAGCCCAAACCUAUUUGGAUCAUUAUGCCCCCUACUUACCGGACAGGGUGGUCAGUACCCAAUAUGGCACUCCUACCCAGCAGUAUCCUCCCAUGAGUCAGCCAAUGUACCCUCCACACUACGAUGGGCGUCGAGUUUAUCCUUCUAAUGCCCAGUCUUAUCAAAGAGAGGAACUGGUGCGUGCAAGUCCAGGGCCACCUACUGCCGUGUCUCCAUAUGUGCCAGAAACCAGAGAGAGAUACCAGUCUGUAGAAGGCUACUAUCCAGUAUCUCCACACCCACAAAUAAGACCAUCAUAUCAUAGGGAGCACUAUAACUUGCCUCCUCAGCACCCAUCUCAGCCUCAUCCUAGCCUGGACGACCUUCACCGCCGUCGUAGGGAGAUCAUGGCUCAACUAGAGGAAAGGAAAGUGAUCUCUCCUCCACCAUUUGCACCAUCACCUACACUUUCUCAUCCCUUCCAUUCAGAUGAGUACCUUGAUGAGGACCUGAAAGUAUCUGGAAAGUACAAAGGAAAUGACUAUAGCCAGUACUCUCCCUGGUCUUGUGACACCAUCGGCUCCUAUAUUGGAACCAAAGACGCCAAACCCAAAGACGUUUCGGCAGGAGGCAGCAUGGAAGUAGCAAAUGUUGAAAGCAAAGCCCUAAGGGACCAGCGAAUUGAGCUACAACGCAGAGCAACCGAAGCGGGGGAGGACGAUCUCAUACCCUUUGGUGACCGACCCACAGUGUCUCGCUUUGGUGCCAUUUCCCGCACCACUAAGACCAUGUAUCAGACACCAGGACCCAUGCAGCCAACACUGGCCUCCCAAGGUGCUGCUGCCAAAUCCAGCAUCUCUGAAUACAGUUUAUAUAGUAAUCCCAGCAGUUUGGGAUCUCCUCAGUACCCACACCAUCAAAACAUUUCUUCUCAGGGACAUUUGAGUGAGAGAGAAAGAAUGUCCAAACCUUCACCUACAUCUGAGAGAGAACAGCUAAGGAUGGAACUUCAGCAGCUGAACCAGCAAAUAAGCCAGCAUACACAGAUGCGUGGCAUUGAUACUGCGGGUAACCGCUUGCUGCUGCAGAGAGAGACAUCUUCACUUGGCAGUCCACAGCAGCCGCCCCCUCCACCUCCAGCCAAGUGGUCCUCCAGUAUGUUGUCCAGUGAACAGCUGAGCCGUGAGCUUCAUCAAGUAGAGCGUGAGAUUGGGAAGAGGACCCUUGAGCUUAGCUUGGAGAGUCAUUCUCUGGGUAUGAAAAACAAACAGGAUGCCAUCAAAGUGGAGAAUGGGCAGCUGGAGCAACAAGCCAAGGUUCUGCCGCAUGACCUCCCGCUGACAUUCAGCAAUGAGGUGCCAAAUGGAUCAGGUCUGGCCCAGGACAUCACCUUAAUGUCUAACAAGACUGCUUCACUGAAUCUUUCAGAAGAUCCUCAGUCUGGAGGGGACAAGAAUGAUCCCCUUAGAACUGGAGUCAACUCUACUGCUGCUCCAUAAACAGCGAGGGCUUUUUACCCACAUACUUGACCCUUUAAAAAAAAAAAACGUUUAUUUGAAGGUGUUUUUGUUUAGUGGGAAGCAGACAAAAAAGUGUAAGAGCGUCUUUGUCUUUAAUUAUUAUUAUUAUUAUUAUUAUUAUUUUUGAACAGCCCUUUUUGUUUUUCUGGAGAGAGAACUGAGCAGUUAAGGGUUGUCAACAGUUGGUGGCUAGUUUAGUGUUCUAACUUCAUAUGACCCGUUUUGGGGGUCAGUUAUGGGAGAGAUCUGUGACUCUUGCCUUCCUGUUCCCUCUCCUGAAGCAUGAUCGACUACAUAUAUGAUGUGCAUUGAAAACACCACUAGUAAGAACAAGCUCUGCACAUAUUUUCACAUUAACACAUUUUUUUAAUAAAAAGAAAAAAAAAUUAUACGGAAUACAAAAUAUAUAUAAAAAGACACAGAUGAAAAUUAGCAGUAUCUGCAAGCAAUUCAAGAUUAGUUGUUUUUGUUCUGUGAAUGAACUUAAUUUUAAUACCUUUUGAUGCCUUGGAUGCAAGGCUUUAAAGACAAAAAAGGAAGAUAUUAUAUAUAUAUACUCUGUUUGAUUAAUUGUACGAUCUUAUUGCUGUAGAUUACAUUUAUUUUUUCUUGUUUUAUUAGGAUGGUAUUACAUAGCCAGGUCAGCAUUGGCUGCAUCCCAUUCUCAGCCAUGGGCACAACUGCGUGGAUGACGGGAGAUUUUAACUUCCUGUCCAAACGGUUUCACCUUACGCAUUCUGUCAUAUUUUAUGACAGUCCUCUGCUUGUAGCAUUGCCCAGUUCAAGGAUUCAAUAUGGGGUUGUAGAUAAAACCCUCAAUUCAUCUUAGAAAUGCCAUCUUAAAAAUAACAA